UCUCUCUCUUUCUUCCAAGCUUUAGCCAUGGUCACCCUCUUGUAACCAUCUCUUAUCUUUCUUUUUCUUUUUGUUUGUUUCAGCCAAGCUUCUCCCUCUUGUCGCAGUUUCUUCCAGCUUCUCAAGCAUUCUCAUCUCUGAAGCUGAACUAAGAUUCCUCAUGGCGAAGAGAUCUGACACUUCCCCCGCGGCUCUCGGAUCCGAUGCGGCUGACAACAACCCUCCUCCUGCUCCCGCUCCCGCUCCCCUCGCCGACGCCUCACCAGCAGCCAGUGCUUCCCAGAAACGCGGCCGUGGUCGUCCCCCCAAGUCCAAAUCCGACUCCCACCCAAACGGCGCCGUUUCACCUCAGCCGGCCAGGAAGCCAAGCGCUCGCCCGAAAAGAAACGCUACAGCGGCGGCGGCGACUGUUCCGGCUGCGUCUGCGGCGGCGGUUGUGAAGAGCGGCCGUGGUAGGCCAAGGAGGUCCAAGGCUCUGCCUGCGGCGGAGUCUGUGACUGGAUCGAGAAAGCGUGGGAGGCCGAAGAAAGAUGACGUGGCGGCUGCGGCGGCUCCAGCUCAGAAACGUGGACGGAAACCUAAAACUGAGCAAGUGGCCAAGCAGAGGACUUCGAAGCGGAUGAGGAAGGCAACAACAGAGGCUACUACUGGGCAUGGAGCUGCAGACCCCAAAGAGUUGAAGAAAAAAGUCGCGCUCUUGCAAAAGAAAGUGAAGCAAGCUGCGGUUAAGUUGCAAAUAGCAGUUUCAGCAAUCGAUGAGGUCCAGAAGAUAGCGGAUGGAAUGUAGAAGCUUUGGUUCGUUUGACUCAGGAGAAGAAUCUUAUGUUUGUUUGUUUCAGGGAAACCAUUUGUUUGGAGAAAUAAAAGACUAAUUGCGUUGAAGUUUGAAAUUUUCGAUUUAGGUUUGUUUGUUUGUUUGUACGGUCGUCGGUAGGAAUGGUAAGAGAACAGCUAGUGUUAAUGGGUUCGUACGCUUUGAUGAUAUUAUCUUGUGUAGCUGUGACUUUGAGGUGCUUUGACACUUUUGCAUUCAACUCUUGCGUUCUGAAUUGAAUUACUUUCUCG